UUUAAUUCAACAUUACUACAGAUAGACCAACCAAACAAACCAUUCAAAAAACUUUCUUUGAAAUUUCCGAUCACGGGAUCACUUUCUCUCCCACCACAUUCAUGGAUUCUGAUCCUGUAAACGCCUACCACCUCCUUUUCAAAUCGCUCUCUCUGAUACCAUUCUGGCACUACAUGUUCGCCUUCGUUAUUCUCCUCCUUGUAUUUCUCUACAAUUUCCUCGAGUUCCAUCUCCUUGAGGACCUCUUCACUGGCUUUCGGGGCAGUCCCGUUACAUUCACCUACAAUUCCGCCUCUCAUAUCUACCACAAUCUGGUUUCCAAGUGCAGGAUUCUUAACGGCAGGUAUUUACCGACGCCGUGGCUUUCGAGUUCUCAUUUUCAGAUUGCUUUCUUGCAUUUCUUUGGGAAGCCUCCAGCUGUCAAGUAUAGAAGAAAAAUCUUUCACACUUCUGAUGGUGGAACCAUUGCUCUGGAUUGGCUAACACCUUUUGAUGUUUCAGGAGAUGAAGUUGACAUCAAUACUGCCAUUCCUGGAGAUGACACAACUCCAAUCGCGAUUGUGGUUCCUGGCUUAACUAGUGACUCUUCUUCUAAAUAUCUAACGCAUCUUGCCUUCAAGUUGGCAAAAAGUGGAUGGAAUGUUGUUAUCACCAAUCAUAGGGGAUUGGGUGGCGUUUCUAUCACUUCAGAUUGCUUUUACAAUGCUGGAUGGACAGAAGAUCUACGAGCAGUCAUUGAUUUUCUUCACCAAGAAUACCACAGAGCUCCUUUAUUUGCUAUUGGAACUAGCAUUGGUGCCAACAUUCUGGUAAAAUAUCUUGGGGAGGACAAAGAGAAUGUUCCUGUCUCUGGUGCUGUAGCUAUUUGCAAUCCAUGGGACCUUUUGAUUGGUGACAGAUUUAUAUGCCGCAAGUUGUUGCAGAAGUUCUAUGAUCGAGCUCUUGCAUUUGGUCUUCAAGGUUACGCAAAAUUACAUGAGCCUCAGUAUUCACGGCUUGCUAACUGGGAAGGUAUUAUCAAGUCACGUUCCAUAAGAGAUUUUGACAAUUAUGCUACCUGCCUUGUUGCGAAAUAUGAGACGGUAGAUACAUACUACAGGCGCUGUAGCAGUUCAUAUUAUGUGACAAACGUGUCAGUGCCACUACUCUGUAUAAGUGCCCUGGACGAUCCAGUCUGUACAAAGGAAGCCAUUCCUUGGGAUGAAUGCAGGGCAAACAGAAAUGUUGUAUUGGCCACAACACGACAUGGAGGACAUCUAGCAUUCUUUGAGGGAAUAACUGCUGCUGGCAUUUGGUGGGUAAGGGCUGUUGAUGAGUUUCUUGGUGUCCUUCGCUCUAGUCCAUAUAUGCAUGUACAAAAAAAGAUAAAGAAUACAGGUCCACAUUCGUCGUUGGAUUGUUCAAUUGAUCAGGGCCCAUAUGUACACCUUACAGAGGAUGGAAUGGUGGCUGCAGCUUGCGAUGACCAAACACGAGACGACAUGGUUGAAGGCUUUGAUGUAUUACAGAAGGUUGUUCAUCCAGGAACUACUGAAACCCUGUCAAAUACAGAAAAAGAUGCGAGCCUUACAGAAGCAAAAUCCGAUGUCACUGGCAUCACUCAAGCAUCCAAAGAAGCUACAAACACCUCUAGUGGAGUGUCUAAUCAAGUGAAAAUAUGCUUAAAUCGCAUUGCUAGACAGCAUAGAAUUUCAAUGUGGUUGAUUGCAUAUACUGCCAUUUUAUCAAGUUGGCCGUUGCUACGCUCUGCCCUUACCAUAUUCUUUAGGAAGAAGCUGGCUUGAUGAGCACUCGAUCGUAUGUAUUGUAGCAUGCUACAUUAUGAUAUUUAUGUAUUACACCAUCGUAUAAAUUAUACAUUUAAGUAUACUUACAGAUACAGGUGGAGCAACUAUUCUGCAUUGGCGAAGCAACCAUUUAUUGAGUUGCAUUAAUUGUCCUAAAAUGCAAUUUGAUAUUUAUGGUAUUUCUACAUUUUCCCCCUAA